AUGACGGACGCAUUAAAAGAGAUCGGAAUCCAGGAUGUUGCCGUGAGUGAGGCAGAGGCGGGAGUGUCAUCGAGUAAAGAGAUGGCAUUCGUGGCGUUGGGGGAGGGGGGUAUGGAGUCGGAUGAUUAUAUGAGAUAUAAGAAGUUGGAGAAGACGAUGGAGCAUUUGGAG